CAGCUUCCCCGCGUCUCUCCCCGAAAACCCCAACCCCAGCAAGGAUGGGACAUUUCGCCGGACCCUCCGCCUCCGCCUCCGCCUCCGCCGACGAGGCAUUCUGGACCGCGUGCCCGCACUGCUGCUACACGCACUCCUACCCGCGCCUCUACGUAGGUCGCCGCCUCCGCUGCCCCACCGCUACCUGCCGCCGCGUCUUCUCCGCCGACGAGCUCCCCUCCACGCCGCCCAUCGUCCCCGGCGCCGACAUGUACUUCUGCACCUGGGCCUUCUUCCCGCUCGGUCCUUCUGCUGUCGCUGAAGGCUGGGCCCCAUUCACUCCCUUCAAUCCCGCCCCUCCUCCCUCCCCCUCCCCCGUCCCAAACCCUACCGCUGCCACCCCCGCCUGUGCCGUUCCAACCCGCGUGAGACCCACCUCCAGGAAGAAGGUUGGCGUGUGCCUCAAGGGUAGGGCCCGCGUCGAGGCGGAGGAGGAAGAGGAAGAAGAGGAGGAGAAGGCAUCCACGGUCGUCAAUCUCAAGGCCGGAGAGGAGGUGCAGGCGGAUUGGCUGACCCUUGGCGACAACGGCGGCAGCAGCGGAAUCAACAUCAACGAGACGGUGGAUCUGAGCGAGCUGGGUUUCCGCGUUGACGAGUCGGGAUUUCUCCAAGAGAUUCCGUGAUGGAUGGGUGAGAAGAAAGGUUGUGCCUUUUGAUCAUACCGCGUUUAAGACUAGUAUAAUGACUGCUAAAAAAUAUAGAUGGUUCGAAUAUGGGGAUGUUAGUACUGUAAUCGUCGUACUUUGGUUUAGUUUCUGAUGGAAAUGUAGGGUUUUAGGGGUUGAAGAGCUGCUAAGAUAUUCCCGCGUCCUUAAUCAUCGUGACCGUGGCCGUGGAAAUACGGAAUGUGGCUCCUUUUGGGUGGACUUGGAUUCUCGUAGACAAUGUGGGAUCCAUGCCUUUUGUCAUGUGUGUGGCCUGUAUUAAUCUUAUGAUAUGCAGGGUGUCUUCUGGCAUAA